CACGAGUCCCACACACGAGUGCACUGUAGUGAUGUUUUCUGGUCCAGUGACCUCACCCUAAAAGAAGAUCAGGAGUGGUGCGACCAUUGAACUAGCGCGUUCAUACAAUCCCCCUUGAGGCUUUGAAGACGAGGUCGGCAAAUCGAGUCCAUAUUCCUCAAAGUCUCUCAGCUUUCCUCUCGGUCCCGAAACUUCCGGCGUCCGUUGUGGCUUUGAUCAGGACUCCGACCCAGAGGAUAAAGCAGCGUUGCGACCGUUCCUGCGCUUGCGUGCAGCCGGACAAAGAAAAGGGUCUUCCAGCCAGACAUCAGCAAGAUCUUUUCUCCGACGCGCGAACUACCCACGGUCUUUGGUCUCUGGGCCUUCUAGUCUUGCUGUUCUGCGGCUUAGCCCUGGAUGCCUCCCGUGGGCAAACUACGGUUGACCAGCGUUCAUCUCGCUUGUCCUUGAGGACCCUUCCACGGAUGCUCCCACGAGGAACCCUGAAAUCGUCAGAGUACCAAGAGUCCUGGAUUCCCGAAGCUCUGGCUCUGUCGUUCGGUACAAGCUAAUGCGCCCUGCUGAGCCACAGCGUUCUGUUGAACUCUGCCCUGUGGCUGUCUGUAAUCGAGACACCUAGAUUUGUACGGAACACUAUUCCGUACUGGACUGAAGAUCUUCGAGGCCUCCUGCAUGUCGUAUUUUAUGCAAGGGAUGCACCAAGUGCUACUUUUUUGCCUAGGCUUCGGUCAAAAUCUUGGAUCACUAGAGUUCAUGCGCCAUUUGUGUUUACUCAACAUCUCAAGUCAAGUGCAUCCUUUCAAGUCUUCUUCAUGUGAUUGCACAGACAUGUGGAAAAUCCACGCUGAAGGCCCCGAGAUCCACUUCUCGGCAAUAUGCAGAACAGGGUCAACGACGAUUCUUCCUUUGAAAACGCCAAGAUCUGCAAAACUCCGACAUGCAGAACCUGCUGACAUUGAGACAGUUCUUUCACGUAAAGCAUCUUUGCAGGCUCCGCCAGAGACUUCCUGAUUGUCGUGCCAGCUACGGAUAUUACUCUUGAUUUCCCUUGCAUGAUAUUGCUGCCAAGAACUCUAAGUGAGACGCUUGAAAACACAUAUAUCCCUCGUUGUUAUGUUCAAUUCGUAAUCUAUCAUAGCAGCAUUUUGCAGAUGGCGCUUACACAACAAGUUUUGCUGUUCAUGAGUAGAUGUCAAGGUCGAUGAUCCGGACCAGGAGUCCCAGUGCUGCCUUGGGUCUACGCCAAUAUAUCCAUCAAACUGCUCUUCCAGCG